CUCUCAAGUUUUAGAAAAUAUUUAGAGAGAACAGUUCAUGAGAGCUCAGUUUGAAAAAAAAGUAUGUUCAUUCUUUUUACAUGACAAAGUUGGGCUUCUGCAGUAUCAGCAAAACAGAUAAAAGCGACUCUCGCAACAUUGCAGUAAUGUUAUACUCAAUAACACCGAAUUCAAAUUUUCACUUGCGCCGGCAACGCGAAUCCAACGAUCUGCGCAUUCCCUCCACGAGUCGCCAAUGAACUGCGCCGGUGCCGCGGUCACUCGGUUGGCGCGGCGGUUCAGUCUGUGAUGAUCGCUCGCGCGGUUCGGUAUCAAUGUGCGUCUGCUUGUAGAUCGUGACGCCGGUUUCGUAGACAUAAUAUUGUUUUAUCGUGGAAGCACACAACGACGGCCAAUUGACGUUUGCUUCGGUGAAUUACGAGAAAACCUUCUGGAGUCUGCGCGAACAGAAGCGACGGACGAAUCGCGUCGCAGGCAUGCAAGCCCGCCCUAGCUCUCACGUGCGCGUUUGAAUUUUCGAAAAGGGCAAGUGCCGCGCCGGGGUGCAGGUGUAUUGUUCGGUGCAAAAGGUGGUGCUCCUGAGCUUGGACGCGGUGCAUUCUCGAAAACGUUGGCAGAGCCAGCGGAAUGUGGCACGAGAGGGACCAUCUCGGAAGCCAUGCCGGCUGACGAGUUCGCUGGAAAUCGACACAGAGGCAGACCCAGGCUGCAGCCGCCCUAACGAACCGCUAUUCUCAUCGACAAGGUCAUCCAGCGAAUCAAAUCAUGCCGACGACUCUUGCCGUGUUUUCGUUUCGCCGCGAGUCGAGCGUCCAGCAACGGGAAUCGUGAAUAGAGCAUCGUGUCUAUGUUAUCCGGCACCUGGGACGAGCGCGUCCGCGAAUCGUUGGAAGGCGAAACCGGAAGUAACCGUUAAACGACGCUCGGAAAAACUGGAUUCGAUCCUCGAUGCUAUUUCCCGUUGCGACAGCAUCGUUCGUUCGCAGAAGUCGUAAAAUCGACUCUGAAAGAUAGGGGCGAGUCCAGUCGGCCCGGUUUGAGGUUGAGCUGCUCAACCCUGGGACGCAAUUAUCCGCGUACCGAUGUCGCUGCCUGUGGGUUCCAUCUGAUGUGCGUCGGACGUAGAAGAAACGUUGGACGGAAAUCGCGGACGUGUUAAUAAGACAGUUGGAAUGCCGAGGAAGUGAGUCGAGAGAAUGAGAAUGCCACGUCGCAGGAUUAGGACGAUCGAUCGUACCAGGACAAUCAAGGAUACUCGUGUUUAGCAGAACUAGAAACACCGAUGAUACUUCCUGCUCGCUCAGUCCCGUGCAGAGGGUCGCUUUCGAGUAAUACUCUCAGGUUUCGAGGAAGCGCGGCCAAGAACGAUCAGACUGUAAUUAUUCUAGAGCCUGUAAUCAUGUCCCCACCGAAGGUGCUUCCUGUUCCCGCGGCGCAUCGCGAAGACUCUUGCUCGAGGAGUUUCCACGAGGCCUGAGCGGAAGGGUGGCUAUGUAGCCCGGUGAAUGCCGUCGCCAUGGUGGAGCUGGUGUGCAGCAACUCCUUGAGCCCAGGUACGUAGUCCUCCGCGAGGCUGGACGGGGCGAGAUAAGCCUCGAGCGAGAUAAACCGCGAGAAGGGAAUUUUGUCGAAAGUAGCAGCCGUUCGAAAGUCCUAAGAGAAGGAUCCUGACGCGGGGCGGCAUGUAGGGGAGCAGGAAGAGGCGCAGUCUUCCUCCCGGCGACCCAGCGUGUCGAGUAAUGCUGAAGCACAUCCUGACGGGGCAACCGUCGUCAGCGGGCUCCAGGCAUCAUCACAAUGACUACCAGCCGAGCUCGGGCUCGUUGCACGGCGGUCACCAUCAUCACCACCAUCAUUCCAGCCAUCAUCAGGACCAGCAGCACCAGCACUACAACCAAGGGACGGUUCGCGCGUCCGGGAACGGCGGACGCGGCGUCGACGUCUACGACUCUGUGGUACAUCCGUCGCAGCAGAGACCCGUGAACACACAUCAGGCUGCGACCACGCCGUCCUCGACGCAUCGACAUCCCCUGAACCACUCUCAGCUGAGCGUGAACAAUCUUUCGCAGCGGCUGAACCACUCCCACGCCCUCAACCUCUCCACUCUGUCCACAUCCAAGCACUCGGUGAACAGUGUCAGUCCCGUAGCUGGCGGGAACAAUAACAACAACAACGUGUCGACCACGUUGGGACAGACGGCCGUGUCCCAGGUGCCUUUGCAUCAGGACAACAGGCCCAAGGUGAACGGAGGUUUCGACAUCUCCAGGUUGUCCAGGUUACCCAGUCAAACGACACCAUCGCCAGCACCUGUCCUCCAAGCUGUCGCCACUGGUGGACACUUACCUGGAGGCGUUGGUUCCACUGCGUUCCCGUUGAACGCUUCCUGGUCGUCGUCCCUGUCGAGGAAUCACAAAGACUACGAGGCUGGAGCUAGAGAGACUCUCACCAGCCUCGGUCUGCUGUGUCUGGUGUCCCUGCUACUGGCUCUACUCUCGUUGAUCUUCCUACUGAAGAUCUCGCCGUUAACUGUAACGCCGAGUAGCCUCAUCAGCCCGGAGGAGUACACGAUAGUGUACGAGGUGACCUUGGCGCUGUGCGCUCUCGCCCUAUCGCUGAACCUGUGCUGCCUCCUGGUCUGCGCCAUACAGUUCCUCUUCACCGUCAAGCUCGUCAAGACUUCUUAUCAGGGACACUGGAGUAACAAGUACCUGCAAAAAUCGUCCAUCAGCCGUGUAUGCGCUGUCGGAGGCUUUUUCAUUAGCAUUCCUGUCUUUUUGACUGGCAUGAUAUUAUACACGUUCAUCCAGUUUCAUUCGACCCCGGCUAUCGUCACGUCGGUUUUUAUAGGAUUGGGCAUCGUAUUUUGUGGAUGCGCCAUGGUCCAUAACGUCUUCGUGUGGCAGAGGGAGAAGACGAACGCCGUGAAGGCGUUGGCGCGCGAACAGUGCGAGGCUGCGGUACAGUUACAGAGACAGCAGCAGCUCCAACAACACCAGACUGGCCAACCCCAUCUGCAACAUCAACAACAGCAGCAUCGUGGUCCAUUGACGCACUACGCCGGCUGUGCGACGAAGGUCGGUCCUCUGGUUGGCCAGCCAACAGCUAACCAUCCGACACAUGGUCGAGCAGCGCAGUAUCAGCAUUAUCAUCACCAUCAUCAUCAUCGACACGUAUCGAUGUCACCACCCCUGUUGCUCUCAUCGCCAGCUCCAAUGGCAGCGACGCACAACCACGUGAACGCUACCAGUCACAGGAACAUCGUUACGCCGCCUGACACUCCUGGGGACAGAUCGCCACCGAGUCCAGGGAACAAGCUGAACAGGUCUCAGCAUCUACCACGAGAAGCCAGUGGUAGCGUAAGUCCUGGGCUCCCAGCAGCCACUCUGGACCUCAGCAGUGCUGCGACCACCAACAGUCCUCAUGAGCUGUCCACUUUGGUCUAGGCCUUAAUCAGACCUCGCGACCUUGUACAGUAGUGCUUGAAUCCUGAGAUAAAUCCGCGGUCAACCCUGAGUAAUAGAUAAUCUACGAUUCUGAGCUUUUUCAUUUAAUCGGGCACUAUUGUAUUUUGGUCAACCUCCUUAUUUAAGCGGAAGUCAGACCUUGGCAGUAUUGCUGCAACCAAUGAUCCUCGAACGUUGUCCAUGUUUAUGUAUGAAUCAAGAGUUAAAAUAUUGUAAGAAUCUGUUAUGAGAUGAUAUUGUUAACGAAUUAUCGAAGUUUCAGGAAUGAAACUGAGUCUAAACGCGUCCUUAUUCGUAAACGUAUAUUUGCAAAAUUUUUAAAUGUUUCGUUUUAUUCGACAAAGCAGCAAUGAUGAUUUCUCAAGUUUAUAUCAGACGUGAAAUAAAGUAAAACCUGCGUUUCAAUGUGUCCCCAACUUUAAGAAAUAUUGUAAAAUUACAUUUAUAGGUGAGUUUGGUGACUUGAUUUAGCAUGGCAACAGGUGUGGAAGAUUGAAAAAUGACCGUUUCCAAAGAAUGAAUUAAAGUAAUUAAGCAUUCGCAAGAAACGUAAUAAAUGUUUUACAUACGAUGAGCUUAAAUUAUAAAAUUGUGUAAGAGAUCAUUUUUGACUAAACUGAAUAUUCACAUUUGUUAUGAAGAAAAAGUGUUAAAAAUGUUGAAGUUAUUCGUUGACUAUCGUGGACUAGAAAUGAUACGAUUAAUUCUUCGAUAAUAGGAGGAUGUCUGCACAUCCAUAAAUAACGACUAAUUUAUACCCGCAUGGAUCUUGCCAUUUCUUUAUUAUUAUUAUUAAUCAUGCGAAACCUCUAGUCCUAGGUUACUUUCGUCUCCACGAAAGAAUAAGAUUUUCCGAUUUUGACUAUCGCGCGAUCAUGCGAUUACAAGUUCUUCGUAGCGUAUGUGUAAGAAGUUUAUAUUAUUAAUAUAGAGUGUAAAUCGUUUUGGUUCUACUAUUUAAUCGUU